AUGUCGCGGAACCCUCCUUCAAAAGACAAGCUGGAAAGGUCACAAUUUUCAGUCGACAAGCCACUGACUUCUGAAAUAAAAACCAAAAUUAGAUCGGAGCUUACGAGAUCUUAUCACUCUUUCAGGAAAAGUGUAUACGGCCUGGAAACCAAAACCCACUGGGCAUCCAACCUCGGCCCAGAUACCGGCAUGACCAUUCACAACAAUCCAAUAACGCCACUUGAUGAUUGGACGCUGCAGAAGUUCUGCAACAAACCAGCAGCAUUGUACUGGGCGCGUCCGGCUCAAAUCAAUGAAUGCUGUCCACGCUUAACAUUCGCUUGUAUCUACAAGCAAUGGUUCCGUUCCCACAACCGCGAUCCGAACAUCGAAUUCGGUCAAUUAUUUGCAAAUCCCAUCCGGAUUUCCUCCACCGGUCCCGAAACAAUAGCCGCGAUACUUGUUGUCCUCGAUAAUUUUGAUCCACCUAAUGUGACCAAGCAGCACGAACGCAUAAAGUUAGACGAGCCGGUUCAACGGCAGACUGUGGUUAUGGUUUUGACUGGUGACGACAAUGGUCUCAGCGCGCCAAUAACUUUCGAUACCAUCAGGUCGCAUUCACUCCCACUUGGAAAAGCUGACAUCGCCGACGACCGGCAAGAAGAAGAAGCUUUUCCGGAUUUGGGACGGAUUGCGACUGAUCGAUCCAUUGGCCCAACAACCGAUAAUAUAUCAUUCGGCCUGAUCAGUGCAGAUGAAUGGGUUAAUAUGAUUAUGCACAAAUUAGAAGAGGAGGGCGACAACAUUGUUAUUGAAAUGAAGUCUGCGGCGUGGAAAAUGAAAGCGAAGCAACAAGGGGAUGACUUUCUUAAGCGAGAGUUCGAUAAUUCCUCUCCGAUGUGGGAGUAG